GCGACCAUUGCGAGACUAUCUGUCAAAUUGCAGCGUCUGAUGCGUAUACCUAUAUAUGAUGUCGUGAUUCCUCUCAUCGUAGUCUGCAAGAUCAAAACUCUUACCUCCCCUCCCCCCUCAGAGAGAGAGAGAGAGAGAGAGGGAGAGCUGCAGUCAAUAUUGUAUAGUCUCCGUAAGGAGAGAAUCAUUAAUGAGAAGACCGAGUUUUGGUUAUAAGUACUAAGUAUACCUAUUGCAAUUAAUCUGUCGAUCUCGUGCGAUUGUCCAGUUACUUUGUAGGUAUAUACCUACCCAUAUACGAGUAUAUCUCUCACGGUUAGUACAGCAGCUGGCUUCCUUGGCUGCAAUUUAGGAUGGAAUGUGUUGAUGGUUCACCCUGGAACAAUUCUAGUGGCUGCGAAGAUGAUCGCAAGCCUAUCCAAAAGGAAGGCAAAAAGUCAAACACCCUGCCACUCUGGGGCAACGAGCGAACCAUGAACCUCAACCCCCUCAUCUUAACAAAUAUCCAAUCCUCUCACUACUUUAAGAUAAACUUGUACGAGUUGAAGACUUAUCACGAGGUCAUUGAUGAAAUUUAUUACAAAGUUUCACACUUGGAGCCAUGGGAAAAGGGCAGUCGCAAAACAGCCGGACAAACUGGCAUGUGCGGUGGGGUCAGGGGUGUUGGUGCUGGAGGUAUAGUUUCAACGGCUUACUGUCUUCUCUAUAAACUCUUUACGCUACGAUUAACGAGAAAACAGCUCAAUGGAUUGAUCAAUCAUCCUGAUUCGCCAUACAUCCGAGCACUUGGUUUUAUGUACAUAAGGUAUACUCAACCCCCUGCUGACUUGUUUUCUUGGUAUGAUGAUUAUUUAGAAGAUGAGGAAGAAUUAGAUGUUAAAGCAGGUGGUGGUCAAAAUAUGAAAAUUGGGGAUAUUUUAAAACAAUUUUUGACAAAGCUGGAAUGGUUUUCGACACUUUUUCCCAGGAUACCCGUGCCCAUUCAGAAAGAAUUAGAACAACGUCUAGCUGAACGAUUUCCAAACAAUUUAAAUAGCUCCAAAAGUUCCAAGCCUUCAAUAACGUUGAGCAAUUUUGGAAAAUAUACUAGUUGCAAUAACCGAAAGGACGACUGUUUGAAAAUUCAACAGCAGCCAAGACACAUUUCGGAUAGUGAAGUGAGAUGGGGCGAGGCUGAACGAGCAAGCCAGUGGCGUGCCAGAUCCACCGAUGAUCGAAGAGACAAACUAAAAGACCACGACAGCCGUGGAAAAGACAGAAAUCGCGACAAGGACAGACACAAUCGUGAACGUGAUCGUAGCCAACGGAAUCAUGAGCGCUCCCUGAGUCGAGAACAGAGUAGUAGUCAUCGAUCUCGAGAUCGUAAAAAUAGUCGUGAUAGAUCAUACAGGGAUAAGCAUCGGGAUCGAGAAGGAUACCCCGAUAGACGAAAUUCACCCUUGGAUUAUGCUUCUGAGCUUGCACGAGAAAGAGAACGUCAGAGAAAAAUUAGUUAAUAAUUUUUAAUAAAAAUCAAAAAAUUCAACACAAAUUCAAUCAACAUGAAAAUCGCGAAAAAUCGCGUCUGUCAAAGCGAUUGUACAAAAAAAAAAUUUACAUUAACGUAGUCAAACAACCCUGUUUUAUUUAUUAUUUAUUUGCACAACUAACGUUUGAUGCAUCUUGUAAAAACCAAUGUUAUGAAAAAAUAUUUGAAAGCAUCCUUUGUUAUUCCACCGUUAAAUUCUUUCUGGACAAAAAUUUCAUAAAACAAUUUUAUAUGACAUGCACGAAUCUUGAAUUAAAUUGUUCUAAUAUCACUCACAUUCUUGUAUGCAUCUAAGCUUGUCGAUGCUUGUUUGCCAUGAACGAGUUUUAAUUAAUGAUACAUAAAUAAAUCAACAGACAAAUUUAAAUAACGUUUAAUUGGUCAAAACAUCAGUUGUGACAAACUUAUAUACAUCUUUGGGAGUCUUGGGUUGAGACUCAAUAAUUUGAGAGUUUCGCGCGAGCACGUGGGCGAGGAUUCGAGUAAUAAGGGUGUGUACGCACAAGUAUGUUUAAUAUCACUUUAAUGCUACAAUUCUCGACUCCUUUUCCGGCUUUUUCCCUCGCCUCAGCUGUGGUGGUAAGAGAGCACCUAAGAGCAAGCAGGACGGUCGCGGUAUUCCACGGUGAUCAAGCGCGGCAUC